UCAAAGGACGUCACUCAUUUCCCCCAGUGGCCUUGACAAGUCAGGAGCUUGAAAGCAGGGAAAUCCGGAUGUCUCAGCUAUGAAGUGGAGCAGUGGCCUCAACAUAUUUCCAGAAUCCUCCAUCCAGCCUGGUGAUUGAGCUGCUGCCUCCCUUGCUGCCAGUGGUCACCUGCAGUGCUUCCCUGGCUCUGAGGGGUUUGCACAAUGGCCAAGUGCUUCAGCCUGGUGUUGCUUCUUGCCUCCAUCUGGACCUUGAGGUUUCUGGCCCAAGGCUCUGUCAGAGUACAAGAGCUUUCCAUCUCACUGCCGUGCAGAAUUCUGGGGGUCACCCUCGUGAACAAAAAGGUACACCGGCAGAUGAACUUCACAGAAGCCAAGGAGGCCUGCAGGCUGCUGGGACUAACUUUGGCCAGCAAAGACCAGGUGGAAGCAGCAUGGAAGUCUGGCUUUGAGACCUGCAGUUAUGGAUGGGUUGGAGAAGGGUACACGGUCAUCCCUCGGAUUCUCCCGAACCCCAAGUGCGGGAAGAAUGGGAUAGGCGUCCUGAGUUGGAAAGUUCCGGUUAGCCAGACGUUCAGGGCCUAUUGUCACAACUCAUCUGAUAUUUGGGUCAACUCGUGUGUUCCAGAAAUUAUCACCACUGAUGAUCCCAUGUUUGACACUCAAACUGCACCAUACACAUCAGAGUUCACUGACAGUGACAGCAUCUACUCAGAAACAUUCACAACACCUGUUCUUGCCACUACUCCUGCUCCAACCACCACUUCUGUUCCACGGAGGAAAAAAUUGAUUUGCAUCACAGAGCUGGUUACGGAAACUAGCUUCAUGUCUACAGAAACGGAACCCUCUAUUGAAGGGGAGAAAGCUUUCAAGAAUGAAGCUGCUGGGUUUGGAGGUGUUCCCACGGCUCUGCUGGUACUUGCUCUUCUCUUCUUUGGUGCUGCAGCUGGUCUGGCAGUUUGCUACAUCAAAAGGUAUGUGAAGGCCUUUCCGUUUACAAACAAGAAUCAACAGAAGGAAAUGAUUGAAACCAAAUUAGUGAAGGAGGAGAAGGCCGAUGAUGGCAGUCCUAAUGAAGAAUCAAAGAAAACAAAUAAAAAUCCAGAGGAGCCCAAGAGUCCACCCAAAACCACAGUGCGAUGCCUGGAAGCUGAAGUUUAGAUGCAAAAAGAAAUGAAAAGCCACACCUGAGGCUAGUUUCUUUCCUGAACCAUCCCAGCUCCAGGUGGAGAAUCUAAAAGGGCCAAAGAACCAAAGAAGAAAGUCCACCAUUGGUUCCUAAUGGGAAUCAACUCAAGGCUGCCUUUGGGCUAUGGUGUUCUCCAAAGGGACCCCCUCUUCUUACUGCACCCCUUUCUGGACCCGAUUUUUCUACCUCCAAAACUUCCCACAGCCUCUCCAGCCUGCCUGUGUCCUAGUAAUAUCCCACUGGGAGAAAGGAGCUUUGCAAAGUACAAGGACCCAGGAGUAGUCAUCUGUACACAUUUGUAAACAGGCUUCUGGGUUGGCAGAGACUAGGGAGUAACAGGCAGAGGUGUCACUGAGACCAGGCUGGCUCCAUAGCCCAGAGCCUCUCCGCAGCUCUGAAAGGGAAAAACUUAUAUCACCUGACAGGUCCUUCUGAGCAGGCACAAAAGGUUUGAGACCUAAUCUCUGGGAAGCCAAAAUAAAUAGAGCGAUAGAAGGAGGCCAGGAUCCUGCCAGCACCAUUGUCAGCAGGGACUCUAAACACAGAGGGCCAGGUAUCCUUCCCUGAGCAAAUUGAUUGGAAACACUUUUUAGAACAUUCUCACACUUUCCUUUCUCUCUACUAUUGCUGAUUUUCUCUAGAGGAAUAGACUUUUAUAAGGAAUAACCCCCUCCAAAAUUUCUGGGUUUUAUCUGGGUUAAGAAAUUAUUACUGAAGACAAUUACUGUUAAAAAGUAAUAAAAUUCGGCAAUUAGCUGUCAAAUGUCUA